CAAGCCUGCUGUUUCCUCACCAGAAGAGAAACAGGCAGGAAGAGGAGGGUCUGACUUGCAUGAUAUUUAUAAUUCAGUGUGACUGACUGAACAUCAGACUGCAACAGCAAGACAACAUGGAGGUUACAUCUCUCUGCAUCAGACUGUUGAUGACUAUGUUGUUGCUGCUGGUCGCACAAGUUGACUACAAUUAUUCUCAAAAAGCUGAUGCAUAUUUUCCUCAGGUUGUUCCAAACAGACAGCAGCACUUUGAAUAUGAGUCCAUAGUUGUCAGCUGUGAGGGACUGGAGGGACUGACUGGAUGGAGAGUGAUGAGGAAGAUUCAAGGAGUUAUUAAAAUAUGUUCUUCUACCUGGUCGACAUCGACAGAACCCUGCAAAAUUAAUAAUGCCUUUCCAGCGUCUGACAGUGGAGAAUACUGGUGUGAAAUGGGAGUAAAGAAAAGCAACACUGUCAACAUCACAGUCAAUGCUGGCUCUGUGAUCCUGGAUAGUCCUGUCCUUACUGUGAUGGAGGGGGAAGCUGUGACUCUGAGCUGCAGACAGAAGCAGACAUCCACCAAUCUCACCACUCAAUUCUUUAAAGAUGGUCACUUCAUGGAGAAGAGUUCUACAGGAAUCAUGACCAUCCAUAAUGUUUCCAAGUCUUUCAAAGGACUCUACAAGUGCAGAAUCUCUGGAGUUGGAGACUCACCAGAGAGCUGGCUGGCUGUCAGAGCUGGUUCAGUGAUCCUGGAGAGUCCAGUCCUCCCUGUUAUGGACGGAGACGCUCUGACUCUGAGCUGUAGAACCAAGAUGACUUCCUCAAACCUCCGAGCUGAUUUCUAUAAAGAUGGCCACCUCAUCAGUAGCAGCUCAACAGGAGAGAUGACCCUCCACAGUGUUUCCAAGUCUGAUGAUGGACUCUACAUGUGCAGCAUCUCUGGAGUUGGAGAAUCACCACAGAGCUGGCUGACUAUCAGAGCAGUUCCUCCAGAGACUUGUCCGUCCUCUGAUGAUGCGUUCCUCAUCUUAAGAACCGUUCUCCCCCUGGUGAUGAUGGCUCCUCUGCUGCUGCUGCUGGGACUACUGCACUGUGGGAGACUCUGAGGUAAAUAACAAUAAGUCAUGUCCACUCAGGGUCUAGAAGCAGAUGUGCUGUGACUGAAUCGAGACGUGAGGAUUCUCAGAAGUCAAAUGAAGACGCUCUGCAAACGACAGUUUUAUUUUGAGCCGUGUCUACAUUUAAUAAUCCACUGUGACCAUAACUCUGACAAACCCUGUGCAGACUGACCACAUCAUCUCUGCACCUCAAUCAACACACCCUGUGGGGGAGUGGGAGUCUCACUUUCUGUUUGUAUUUUAUACAAUCUAAAAAAAGGAAAAAAGGUUUUUUUGAAGAGCAGAAAAGUGUUUUAUUUGCAUCAUCACCAUAUUGUGAUGUAAUGUUUGAAUAGAAACGGAAAGUUGUAAAAGAGCAUUUUAAUGACAGUAAAAGGCCAGUAGCUAUCAGCUACAUGUAUGUCUAACUGUAUGUAAAUGUACUACUUUUUUAAUAAAGGAUACGC